AUGCGCGCCUCUACAAUCCUCUUUACCCUCUUCGCCACUCUUGCCGUCGCGGCGCCGAGAAACAUGGGCGCCGACGAUGUCAACUCCCUCCUUGAGACCCGCGCUUGCGCGCAGCCGGGUACCUGCUCCAAGGGCGGCGACGACGGCACGUUCUGCUCCCAACUCAACUGCUGCAGUAACUCAAAGUCUGGCAAAGGCGGCGCUGUCUGCUGCUGCAACUAA